GAGCCCCUAUUGUACAGUCGGAUGACAACGGCCCCUAACGGAAUGUUCAGUAGUGAAUUUACACUAUCUUACUUAGCGGUCGAUUGACGGGAGGUGUGAAAGUGAAGUCUGGUAGACGCGUUAGGUUGGACAUCCGAUGGUUGGCUGUAGCUCUCGCUACCGUGCUGGUGGUAACGCUCGCAUGUGCCGCUGAGGUGAGGGAAGUUCCGGUUGAGAGGAUCGUCACACAAGAGGUGGUCAAGACCGUAGAGGUGCCUGGCGCGACCGUCAUCAAAGAGGUGGUCAAGACUGUUGAGGUGCCUGGCGCGACCGUCAUCAAAGAGGUGGUCAAGACUGUUGAGGUGCCUGGCCAGACCGUUAUCCAAGAGGUGGUCAAGGAAGUGCCGCGAGAGAUCGUCAGGGUGGAGCGCGUUGGCGGUGCCGAGGGCGAGAUCAUCGUCGUCAUAGAAGGAAUACCGGCAGUGAGCGGCUGGACAAGCAACUGCGGGAGCGGAUGCUAUUGGACCACCCUUAUGAAUGUUACCGAGACGCUUCUCCACGGUGGCAAGACGCCAACGGCCUACCAGCAUACCGCGGCAAGGUGGUCGAAUCUUGGGAGUACGCUCCCGACUUCAGCUACAUUGACUGGACUGUGAAGCGUGGCAACCACUUCCACCAAGGGUUUGGCGAGGUAACUGCAGAGGACGUGCUCUAUACCUAUAACGAAGGUGACCCGCGCUUCGCCUCCGAAGAGACGAAAGCCUUGGCCGAGUCCGUAGGUGUCGGCACGGUGGCUCACAGAGGCCUUCCGGAGCCGUGGAUGGGCAAGCUCGAGCUCUUGGACCAGUUCAAGUUCCGGAUGCCGCUGUUGAACGGGCGACCUGAGGUCAACGGCCUGUUCCAGUUCACUGAUGACUCGUACCCUGUCGGCAUCUACAGCAAGCGGGCGUUCGAAGAGAUGGGGUGGGAGUGGGUACGCGACAAUAUCGUCGGCUCUGGACCAUACGAGUAUGAAGAGAUGGACUCGGACGUGAAGUGGUCCAUGAUCGCCAGGAACGAUCCCGAGAACGAGGACGAGAAGAUUCCAUUCGUCUACAGGUGGGAGAUUCUAAACAUACCGGACGAGAAUGUACGACUGGCAAUGUACAAGGGCGGCCAGGCCCACAGGGCAUGGUUCGACACUCCCGCAAUUGGCAUCGACCUGUUGAAUGAAGGCCACAGCAAGACGGUUCCAAAUGGCGGGAAGGCCUCGGUGCUCUUCACCUUCAUGGGGAACUACUGGGAAUCUGUAGAAGGACAGACCGGCGAGCCCCUGGAGAGAGAGGCGAGAGGCCAGAUAGGAAAUGGUGGGGACGAAUACCCCUGGAUAUGCCCGCCGGGACCAAAUCCGAUGAUGCCCGAGGUCAGCGACUGCAACAACGUCGCCAAGAAGUUCAGGCGUGCCAUGUUCAUGGGCAUAGAUAGAAGAAGCCUGCUCACGGCACUCUACGGCGGUCGAGGCAGUUUGCUGUUGUCGCCGAACGCGAACUUGGGCGACCCGUUCAUUCUGAAGCAUGGCGACCGCUGGGGUGACGCAUACAACCCUGAUGCGGCGAAGGCGCUGUUUGAAGAGUGGAAGUCUGAAUACACGGCGAUGGGCGGCAAUUCGGACAAGGUCAAAGUGAGCGCUUGGAUCGGCACGAGUGGCAGAAAGGAAGUAACCGAGGCUGUCCUCAGCCACUGGGAGUCUCUGUUCGGAAUAAAGUGGGAGAUGGACAACACUCCGCAGGCUUCUUGGGCUCCCGGAGCUUGGCGAGGCCGUGAGGGAUGGCAGCUCGUUCGUGAUGCUGCGCUCACCUAUCGCGGAAACUCGAUGCUGUGGGACGUCGAGCGGUGGCACACAUCCCUCGGCCAGCCCGGAUCACGCAAUGAGGGUACGGAGUUACUAAAGGCCACCGAGACUAUUCUCGACAAGGGUGAGGCUUGGAACGAUCCGGCAAAGCAGGAGCAACUCACCUUGGAUUGGAUGGACUGGUUCUACGACCAGCAUAUUGCAACCGGUGUACUGGAGGGCCAAAACGUUACCGAUCUGUACCGUUCGGACUACAUCGAGACAUGGACUACCCGUGUUCCCGGUGUUCCGUGGAUCCUCUGGGACCCCGAGUACGUGACCUUGAGGAAGUAGGAAUCUGAGUCGCUCUUGCGGGGCAUCGACUAACAAUCGACUUUGACUCGAAGAGCCACACUUUCAUACGGACGGAGGGGGCCGUGGGUUCCCUCCUCCCGUCCGUUACCGCGUGAUGAUUGGCAGGGCUUCUCCCGUCCGACAAGGUUACUGAUCACCUUGAAGAAGUGCGUCGCUGGUCUGACGUCAUUGGGUGAAAGCUGGGAGGUACCGCAAUCACUAGGUACAUAAUCCGCCGUGCCUACAUGUCGCUAUUUGCACUCGUCGGCGCGACCAUAGUCAUCUUCGCAGGGUCUCGGUACCUGGUGGACCCUGUCAUGGCUUAUCUGGCCCCGGUGGACAAUAUGGAUGACGCGUCCUCCUUCACUCCCGAGCAAUUGGAAGGCGCGAGAAAGAAGCUCAGGCUGGAUAGACCGGUGCCGGUGCAGUACGUGCUCUGGGUGUGGGACGUUCUUCACGGAAACCUCGGCAAUGAUAUCGUAGAUACUCAACGCCCCAUCGCGCAGAAGUUGCGGAAAAAGUUCCCACACACGCUCCAGAUAGCCGUGCCCGCUUACAUACUUGCCGCGCUGGUAGGCAUUCCCAUAGGGGUACUCUCGGCGGUGACGCGGGGAUCCGCGUGGGACAUGGGGGGACGUAUGUUUGCCGCCAUCGGAUCGGCGGUCCCGGAAUUCUGGAUCGCCGUGGUAGCUAUCCUCAUAUUUGGUCUUUACUUGGACGUGCUCCCUAUGGCCGGAAAGGGUGAGGGGAUUGCCUAUCGAAACUAUAUUUUGCCGGUAUCGAUAAUGGGUCUCACCUCCACCGCGGGCUACGUACGCAUCGUGCGCUCCACCAUGCUGGAGGUGCUUGACUCAGAGUUCGUCAAGCUGGCUCGCGCCAAAGGAGUCAGCGAGCGAACAAUUAUCUGGAAACAUGCCCUCAGAAACGCGCUGCUUGCUCCCCUUACUGUGGCCGGCCUCAUGCUUGUCGGGUUCAUAACCGGCUCUGUAGCGGUCGAGGUAGUAUUCGCAUGGCCCGGAAUUUCGGCUUGGGCGGUGCAGGCGGUGCUCCAAAACAACCUUCCUGUUGUGGUAGCUACGACCCUGGUCUUCACCUGCCUAUACAUUGGUGCUUCAUUCAUAGUCGACAUCCUUUACGGGUUCCUGGAUCCCCGUAUCCGUUACUCCUAAGGCGAGCGAUAUGUCCUC